ACUCGAAUUAAGAAGGAAAGAGAUUCGAUUCCAAAAAGAUAACAUAAGAAACGCAAAACCACGUCAGCGUUUGCUAGAAGUAACCACCGGCACUGGGCAGCCGCCAAAAACAUUGCACGCAACGCCCCCCUCUCACUGAAACCCUCUGCUUUCGUUUUCGUGAUUUCUUGAUCGGCCAUGGCGUUGCAGAGGCAUCUGCUGAGGAAGGCAAAGUUUCUCUCCGGUUCCUCCUUUUCUACAAUUCCUUCUUCAUCUGCUGCUGCUGCUGCUGCUGCUGCCGCCGCUGUCUGCGAUGCUCCUCCGCCUCGGCUUCCUCCGUUCGAUCACUCCCCGAGAUCCUACAAGGGCCCUCUGGCCGAUGAAGUCUUCCAGAAGCGGAGGAAGUUUCUCGGUCCUUCUCUCUUCCACUACUAUCAGAAGCCUCUUAAUAUUGUUGAGGGGAAGAUGCAGUAUUUAUUUGAUGAGAACGGGAGGCGUUACCUGGAUGCGUUUGCUGGGAUAGUUACGGUUUCUUGUGGACAUUGCCAUCCUGAAAUAUUAAGUGCGAUAAUGGAGCAGAGCAACCUUCUACAGCAUGCUACAACCAUAUAUCUUCACCAUGCAAUAGCUGAUUUUGCUGAGGCAUUAGCUUCCAAAAUGCCUGGAAACCUAAAGGUUGUGUAUUUUGUAAAUUCUGGGACGGAAGCAAAUGAAUUAGCGAUGCUGAUGGCCCGUCUAUACACUGGUAAUCUUGGCAUGAUCUCGUUGAGGAAUGCAUAUCAUGGGGGAAGUUCUGGGACGCUUGGACUCACUGCUCUUAACACAUGGAAGUACCCAAUACCCCAGGGCGAAAUUCAUCAUGCUGUAAAUCCAGAUCCAUACCAUGGUGAUUUUGGCUCUGAUGCUAAUCGUUAUGCCAAAGAUGUACAAGAUCACAUUGAUUUUGGUACUUCAGGAAAAGUUGCUGGAUUUAUAGCCGAAACAAUCCAGGGAGUUGGAGGGGCAGUUGAAUUGGCCUCUGGAUACUUGAAACUGGUUUAUGACAUUGUACGCAAGGCUGGUGGCAUCUGCAUUGCUGAUGAAGUGCAAACUGGGUUUGGUCGUACAGGAAGCCACUACUGGGGCUUUGAAACACAGGGCGUCAUUCCAGAUAUAGUUACCAUGGCAAAGGGUAUUGGCAAUGGGCUACCAUUGGGAGCAGUGGUGACAACCCCAGAGAUAGCAAGUGUAUUGGCCCAGAAAAUUCUAUUUAAUACUUUUGGUGGGAACCCUGUAUGUUCAGCUGGGGGGCUGGCAGUACUUAGAGUUCUUGACAAGGAGAAGCGUCAAGCUCAUUGUACUGAUGUUGGUUCACACUUGCUUGGGCGUUUGAGAGCUCUUCAGCAAAGACAUGAAAUCAUUGGAGAUGUGAGGGGCAGGGGCUUAAUGGUUGGUGUAGAACUCGUGACUGACAGGACCGAGAAGACACCUGCUAAGGCAGAAACUGCAGUUUUAUUUGAGAAACUUAGAGAGCUUGGUGUUCUAGUUGGGAAAGGGGGAUUGCAUGGAAAUGUUUUUAGAAUAAAGCCACCAAUGUGUUUUACAAAGGACGAUGCAGAUUUUCUUGUCGAUGCCUUAGACUAUUCCAUGUCAAGGUUGUAAGUAUACACCAUACAUCUGCAGGAGCUCAGAUGCUAAUUAUGUACUCUAUGAAGAACUUAUUUUCAAUAAUAUGAAGUGAAAACUUUAGAUUUC